CUCAGCCAGUGUAGCCGGUCCGCCUGCGCUCUUGCCUGCCGCCUUAGAAUCCCCACCCCCAAGUUAGAGCAGGAAAAGUCCUAAUUACGAAACCAGCUGCCGCUACAGCUGUAGCUCUCCCCUUUCCGUCUCAAGCGGAACCUUUGUGAUGAGACUCGAGGGCAAAGGGGAGACAAUUCACCGGCAGCCCUGGCAGAGGCGGAGCAAAAGGCGAGGCCUACUGAGCGCUGCUGGUGCCGCAGAAGCCGCUUCCUUUCUUGUCGCUACCAGGUCGGUGUCAGUGUCCCGCACGCUACAGCCUGGUCCUUUUGGCGCCACUGCUGACGCGCCGUGACCUGCUCCUUACCCCUUCUUUUGUCCUGCUGUGGAGGAGGCGGCAGCGCAAGAAGGGGAAAGAAAGAGGGCGAGAAGGUCACUGCGCGGUACCCCAGCGUCGGCGUCUUUCACUUUCGUAUUCUUUGCCGGGGCUCCCCUGGCGAGGAAUUAGAGGACUCGUCGUUUGGACAGUGUAAGGUGGCUCUAUUUAUCUUCCCUCCGCAAGCUCACGCAGCUCUUUCGAGAGGCCUCAAAGCCUGGGUGACUUUGGGAGAGGAAGGUGAAAAAGGCAAAAUGGUACAUGCUGAAGCCUUUUCUCGUCCUCUCAGUCGGAAUGAAGUUGUUGGUUUAAUUUUCCGCUUGACGAUAUUUGGUGCUGUGACCUAUUUUACUAUUAAAUGGAUGGUAGAUGCAAUUGAUCCAACAAGGAAACAAAAAGUAGAAGCUCAGAAACAGGCAGAGAAGUUAAUGAAGCAAAUAGGUGUGAAAAAUGUAAAGCUUACCGAGUAUGAAAUGAGCAUUGCUGCACAUCUCGUAGAUCCUCUUAGCAUGCACGUAACAUGGAGUGAUAUUGCAGGUUUAGAUGAAGUUAUUACAGACCUGAAGGACACAGUAAUUUUGCCAAUCAGAAAGAAACAUCUGUUUCAGAACUCCAAACUUUUACAGCCACCAAAAGGAGUACUUCUCUAUGGCCCUCCAGGCUGUGGUAAAACCUUGAUUGCCAAAGCUACAGCCAAGGAAGCAGGUUGUCGAUUUAUUAAUCUUCAACCCUCAACACUGACAGACAAAUGGUAUGGGGAGUCUCAGAAGCUGGCUGCUGCUGUUUUUUCCCUUGCUAUGAAGCUUCAACCUUCCAUCAUUUUUAUUGAUGAAAUAGAUUCCUUUCUACGAAGUCGUUCAAGUUCUGAUCAUGAAGCCACAGCUAUGAUGAAGGCCCAGUUUAUGAGUCUCUGGGAUGGUCUGGACACUGACUAUAAUUGCCAAGUGAUAGUGAUGGGAGCAACCAAUCGCCCUCAGGAUCUUGACUCUGCUAUUAUGAGAAGAAUGCCCACACGAUUUCAUAUCAAUCAACCUGCAUUGAAGCAGAGAGAGGCAAUCUUGAAACUGAUUUUGAAAAAUGAAAAUGUGGACAGGCGUGUGGAUCUCCUUGAAGUUGCUAAAGAAACAGAUGGAUUCUCAGGAAGUGACCUGAAAGAAAUGUGCCGUGAUGCUGCGCUGCUCUGUGUCAGGGAAUAUGUUAAUUCUACAUAUGACGAAAGUAAUGAAGAAGAUGAAAUUCGACCGGUGCAACAAAGGGAUCUGCACAGGGCAAUUGAAAAGAUGAGGAAGUCCAAGGAUGCAACGAAUCAGAAUGUUCUAAUGCACAUUAGUUUAGAUUAAGGCCGCUCUAACAUGGCCUCAUUUAGUGACUGUUUUUUGUCAUUUAAAUAGUGGAAUUGGAUUGGAAACAGAAAUAUCCUUUUAAUAAGCGUUUCUGGAAUUUUUUAUAUGCGGAUAACUAAGUUAUGGAAGUCCUAGUAUAUUGCAAAGUUGGAUAUGGCCUUUGUAAUAGAUCAUGACAUGGAAGAAUGUAGUCCAGAUCAAAAGCAAUGUCUUCUUUUUGUAGCCUUAAAAGCCUGUUGAUUGGUUCUAGUAUGGCACACUAUUUCUGUGGGGAGGGAAAACCAAGUCCAUGUAUAUAUGUAUGAGUGUGUGUGUGUAUAUACGAUAUGUAUAUAUAGCCACACAGUUUAUAUAUAGACAUAAUAUGUAGAUAACUUGAAUAUGAAAAGUCUUUUUUUCCUUUGACACUUAUUUUCUGGAUCAAACCAAAUGAAGAGGAUUAAACUAUUCAAUACACACCAAUUUUUGUGUAGUACCUUAACGUCAAGGCUGAAAACCUUCUGGAAAUAAGUCUUUCUUGAAUGCAGAGAAAUCUGACUUCUUCCUCUUAACUCAUGGAAUCUACUAGUGCCAAUCAGUUUAGGUAGAAGACUUAUGUAACUCCUCAUGAACCUUUUGAUUUAUAUAUGGAUCAUUGUUUCCUUUUUUAAUACGUGUUUUUAAUAUGGUCAGGAUUAACCAUCAUGGAACACUAGUAACUGCAUAUCACCAGAAUUUAUUUUUCUAUUUCUGAAUUGCAAAUAAUUUCCUCUUUUUUAAAAAAUACUAAAGACUUGAGGGCUCUUGUUGCUAAAGUUUCUUUAUCACUAUAAGACUAUAUUGUAGAACUUGCUAGUACCUACAAGUGGUCACAACACAAAAUUAUAGCAUUAAGUGCAUUGAUCUUAAAUUUUUGCACAGUCCCCCCCCCCCAUUUUGUGUAGAGUAGCUCUCCACUAGAUCUUCUAGUGGAUAGAAAAAAAUACUAGUGUUCAAAUAUUCUAAAGUAAAAGUGAGAUGGCAUUUCAGGAUUAAUAUUAAACAUUUUGUUUACUCUGUUUAAAGUUGGACACUGAUAAGAUGAAUCAAUACUAAUCAAAACUGCCAGUUACCCAAAACGUUCAGAGCAGUCAUAAGCAUUUUUAUAUGCUAAAACAUUAGUCAUUGAAAAGAGCAUUGAAAAAGAUGUAUUAAAAGCAGGUGAAGGGAAUGGCUAAUUCUAGACUUCCAUCAACUCAAUUUAUAUAACUUGAUUGUGGCUAUUUUUGCAGGUGCUGUUUUGGGCAUUACCACUUUUUUUUAUAAAACACAGGAUGCUCAGUGGUUUGCUUUUUUUUUCCAAUGAAGAAAAGUAGUUUGUGGCUAAGAGAAACACAGGAAAUCCACAGUACAGGUUUACGGUCAAGAUCCAGAGGAGUGCGUGCACAAACACAACCUGUGUGUACAUCACAGUGUUUCUCAGUUUCCUUCCCAGGAAAAUCCCAGAAGAAAAUCACCAAGUUGCUUUGCAGUUUGGGUGAGACUAAAAAGCAGUCUGGGGUUUUGCAUGAAACCCUUUUUCAUGCAAAAAAAGGGAAUGCUGCUGCAGUAUACUAUUUAUUUUACUCUAUGUUGUCUGUUGAAAUCUCUCCCAUCCAGUCACUGGAUGAGUAAUAGGGGCCAUUCUGUGGGAUGAAUUCUGAGAAUAAUAUUCUGAUGGUUGUUGAUGUGCCCCUUUGGAUUUCAGCCAUGUUGUGUCUGACCACUGAAGUAGUAUUACUUGCUUUCACUGUUGGUACUCACCAAUACAUCUGUCUUACUGAAUCCUUUUAAAAGCCAUUUAUGUGAGUACCUUCUGCAAGACUGAAUUUUGGGAUGUUGAAGUGCAUAGGUAAAUUGUGACAAAAGUACUGCUUUGUAUAGCCUUAAAUCUGUCAUCCGUCAGUUCCUUUCCAUUAUCGUGUCUAUAUUUUAAAAGAGAAAAUAGCUUUUUUUUGUCCAUGCCCCGGUUUUAUUCAUUGAAUUUCAGUAAAACCUCAUAAUACAAAAUCAGUACAAUUCUCUGAGCAUUUCAUAAGGAUGCUGUUUGUUUUUACCAUUUAUUAUACCUUGUAAACAAGGUCAUACAAAUUGAGCUUUUCAAAUAAUAAUGAAUCCACUCAUAAUUUGUGUGCCUUUUCUAGAAAAUUACAAAUUAUGACAAUUUUCUGCAAAAAUGACAAAAGUUACUAUAUUGUUCCUUCUUGUGCCCUGAUACGUUAAUCUAACCAUUUUAUGUAUUUAGUUAGAGGCACUAAGCAGCUCCACUUAAAGCAACGGGAAUGAUGCCAUUCAAUUGGAUGUAGAUAGCACCUGAUUUCUUUCCCUUUUUCUAACAAAAUGAAAUGCUUUAUUGAAUCCCUUUUCCAGUUCUUCACAAUUGCCUAUUUUUCAGGAGGAAAAUCAAAUUUCAUUUGGGGGUAGUGGGCAUGACCCAAAGCCUGUAACAGCUUAGGAAACUCAGCAGAGUUUCUCUGCAUGCACAGAAGUACUAGCUUGUCCACACGAGGUCUCUGGAUUCUGUUCUCUAUAAUUUCGAACAAUAGAGCCUUUGAACAAGAGAUCUAGCUAUGUCACUCUGUAAAACAUUACUUGGAAAUCUCAAACCAUCUGCCUUUUCCCACCACUUCUCUCAUAGUACUUACUUGAUAGGCAUUGUUUAGUUGACUGAGGGAAGUAAUGAUAUGAAGAUUUUGAUUUAAUUUCCUCUAGACUCCUACAAUUCUGCUAUAAUAAUCCACAGAACAAUUCUUUGGGCAUUCACUCUCCCCCCCCCCAAACACCUUACAUUUAUGUGGACUUUCUGGCUGUAAGACCCACACAGCUAUCUCUGCCUAGAGGUAGUUCUUCAGCCAAUAUAAUUAACUGUUUACUAUAUUUAGAUUAUGAAAUUAAGAGCAGUCUUUCAAAAUAUGAUAAGUUGCUAAUUGUUGCAUCCUUUCCCUCCUCCCCCACUAGAUAGGAUCAGAUAUGUUGGCAGACGAUCCCAGUUAAGGUUUCUGGUGAUUUCCUCAAAAGGUAAAGAUGCCCCAAAUCAAGCAGUGCACCCCCCCCAAGUUUUGGCACUUUCCCCUCAUACUUAAAAAUCAGAUAUAUUCCCCCUUUCUCUGGACUGGAGUCUUAGUGUAAUACCAUUUUGACACUUGCUAUUCAAAUUUUUAUUAGUCUUACACACCCCAAUAAAUCCUAACCAACUUUUGUGUUUUUGCUGAAGCAUCUUUCUUUAUUAUGACCAAGCUCUUCCUCGAAUUGAUCACAGCUAAUUUUCAACUUGUUUAGUUAGUUGUGAUUAUUUUUUCAUAUUAUACUUUACCACACACUUAUUUAGGCUCAGUCUUAACAAGUACCGUCACUUAUUCCAGGGAAAGGUUUGUGGAAAUCUUUCAGUCCAUACAGUACUGGGUUUAAUUGGGUGGAAUUGUCAAGUUAGGCUGCUUCACACAGCAGUGCCCUACUUGAUUCAGACCAAUCAACCAGUACUCCUUUUUUGAAUAGGUGACCACCUCCAUAAGCGGUAUACCACUUAUUUGAUGUAGAAUGUGGGGUUUAGGCGCCAUGUGGAGGCUCAGAGUGUGCACCUUUUGAAAAAGGUGGGAAGAAAAGUUCAGGUGCACAUGUUAUGUAUACAGCACUUCUCAUGGAGCUCCUGCUUUGCCACAGUGUAUGUGUGGAGGAGGGAAGGAGCGUAUACCUGUUCCUCUAACACAAAAAGAUGUUUAAAAUGAAGCUAUGAAUAGUAGCUUUGUGGGUGGCUAUUGUUCAUCCUUACUUUGAAAGCUAAAGUUACCUUUUGUCUGCCCUUUCUUUUCACUUGGUGGAAAGUGGACCUACCCCUUUUAGUUAAGGAAGCUUUGCUCAGCACAGCCUAUGGUGAGGUGCUGAAAUAAAAGCAACAGACAAGACACUUUGUCGCUAAGCACACUUGUUCAUUACGUGCUACUACCUGAAUACAAAGCAGAGUUCCUCGACUCUCAAGAGAAAAUAAUGCAGCUACUUGUGUUAAACAGUGGUUGUUUUCUGUAGGAACCCAACCCCCACAUCCAAAAAUAUUUGACAGAUGAAACUGGCCUUGACUGCGUUUAAAUAGAUGAUGAAGCAAUAAGUGUGAUAUGAUUGUAGCAAAACAUUUCCACUGCUUUUUCUAUGUGCUGCUGCUGGUACUUUUUUUCCACAUGGUUUUUAGGAUCAAGCAAAACUUUAUGUAUUAUGACCACAAUGGUGAAGUGUAAAUGAGGGGAAAACAAAUAAAACUCUCUGGCCUCUU